AUGGCAAAUAUCAGGCUUAAUCUUGCUAUUGUCGGAACUUUUAUCUUUGCUGUUGUUCUCCUGCAAUUGAUUUCUGUGCUUCAUGGCUAUGAUGACGCCCCGAUUUUUGAGGUGAAGUCACAGUGGGAUGAUCGAUCGUCAAACUACGUUGCAGAUGAUAGCAUCCUUCUUCUGGGAGCCGGCAAGGCGGAUAUUACAGGACCCGUGGUCGAAGUAGGCUUUGGAGGAUAUGCUGACACCGAUCAAAUUGGCACUGGUCUGCGCCAACGGUUGUACUCUCGAGCAUUCAUUGUUGGAAACCCUAACGACCUCGAAGAGACCUGGAUCUACAUAGUCCUUGAUGCACUAACGGGAGAUACUGGAAUUCGACACGGGGUUCUAGAAGGGCUCGCCAGUCUGGGAAGCGAAUACUCUCGAUACGGGGACCGUAACCUCGCUCUCACAGGCACACACUCCCAUUCAGGCCCGGGCGCUUGGUAUAACUAUCUCCUCCCGCAAAUCCCGAAUAAAGGCUUCGAUAAGCAGAGCUAUCAGGCAAUCGUUGACGGUGCACUGCUAUCUAUACAGAGAGCCCAUGAGAGCCUUGCGCCCGGACGCCUCACCUUCGGUACAAUUGAUGUCGAAGACGCGAACAUUAACAGAAGCCCAUACUCCUACGAUGCCAACCCGGAAGAGGAGAAGGCACGGUAUCCUUCAAAUGUUGACAAACUAUUAAGGCUCCUGAGGUUUGACAGAGAGAGUGACAAUAAAACGACCGCUGUUCUAACGUUCUUUCCUGUACAUGGUACGUCACUAUACGGUAACAACACUCUCGCAAGUGGAGACAACAAAGGUGUUGCUGCUUGGCUCUUUGAGAGAAGCGUACAAGAUGACGCGAGGUUUACGGAUGACUUUGUGGCUGGCUUCUCCCAAUCAAGCGUAGGCGAUACUUCUCCGAACAUUCUUGGGGCAUGGUGUGAAGAUGGAUCGGGAGAAAAGUGCCGCUACUCUGACAGUACAUGCGGUGGACAAAGUUCGAAGUGCCAUGGGCGCGGGCCAUUCUUUCGUGAGGAUAACCACGGCGCGAAGAGCUGCUUUGAAAUUGGCCGCCGCCAAUACUCCGCCGCCAAAGAACUAUACGGCCAGAUGGAUACUGAGGCAAUACGGAUCCGUAGAAGCUCCCAGGUCAGCUCAUUUCAUCUGUUUGAGAACCUGGAUGGAUAUACUUUCCAGUCACCUUUCAAUUCCAGCACUCUAAGCACAUGCUCCGCGGCGCUUGGAUUCUCUUUUGCUGCGGGGACUACCGACUGGCCUGGGUAUUUCGACUUCACCCAAAACGAUACUACACCUGCAGAGCGUAACCCACUGUGGUAUAUUGCUCGUGGAUUUCUUCACUCGCCGACGCCUGAACAAAAGAGGUGUCAAGAACCUAAGGACGUUUUGCUAGACGUGGGUGAAAUCAGUCUACCUUACGCUUGGACACCCAACAUAGUGGAUAUACAGCUCCUCCGUGUCGGGCAGUUGAUGAUUGUGACCUCCACGAGUGAAGUUACAACAAUGGCUGGACGGCGGUGGAAAGAAGCGGUCGCGAAAUCUGCAAGUGAUGUGCUUUCCAUCUCUGAUCCUCUGGUAGUUCUAGGCUCUCCAGCGAACAGCUAUGCACACUAUGUGACUACGGAGGAAGAGUAUAGCAGACAGCGCUAUGAGGGCGCCUCAACGCUAUACGGGCCCAACACACUGGCAGCAUAUGUUAAUUUGACGCUCACAUACCUGCCGUAUCUUGCUGAAUCCGCCCAAGCAGAAGGUCAAUAUCCUCAACCGUCAGGGGCUGAACCACCAAUCAACACUGAUAAAUCCUUGAGUUUCAUCCCCUCGGUAGUGUACGAUGGUCAUCCGAUCGGCAAAGCGUAUGGGGAUGUGACCGCGUCCGCCGGGAACGCUAAAUAUGCACCUGGCGAUGUAGCGACUGCCACUUUCAUCGGCGCUAACCCAAGGAACAACUUACGGCUAGAGUCGACUUUUGCAGCAGUCGAGCGACAAACAGAGGACGGGGUAUGGGAAACGGUGCGAACUGACAGCGACUGGAGCCUUGUGUAUCGGUGGAACAGAACCAACACCGUUUUAGGGCACAGUGAAGUGACUUUGCAAUGGGAGAUAGAGGACGAGUACUACGCUGCUGGAAGCCCUCGACCAGUGCAGGCAGGAGUCUACCGGUUCCAUUAUUAUGGAGAUGCGAAGGGCCUCAAUGGGCGAGUCGAGGCAUUUGAGGGAGUCGACGAGCCCUUUACAGUCGUUGUCUAA